CUUCGCUCCUUCGCAGCCCGCGGCGGGCAGAGGCGGCGGCUGGGCGGGGAUGGCGGUGGGCAGCGGGUGACGCGGAGCCGAGCGCUGCGCAGCCCUGCAGCGGGGCCAGCCUGGCCAUGGGGUUCCUGCAUCAGCUCCAUCUCCUGCUCUGGAAGAACGUGACGCUGAAGCGGCGCAGCCCGUGGGUGCUGGCCUUUGAGAUCUUCAUUCCCCUGGUGCUCUUCUUCAUCCUCCUGGGGCUGCGGCAGAAGAAGCCAACCAUCCCUGUGAAGGAAGUCUCUUUCUACACGGCGGCCCCACUCACCUCAGCCGGGAUCCUGCCCGUCAUGCAGUCCCUGUGCCCUGAUGGCCAGCGUGAUGAGUUUGGCUUCCUGCAGUACUCCAACUCCACGGUGACACAGCUCCUGGAGCACCUCAGCGAGGCAGUAGAGCAAAGCAGCCUCUUUGAUCCACGGCACCCGGGGCUGGAGGAGGAGCUGGAGUCACUGCGCCGGCACCUAGAGGCCCUCAGCAGCUCUGAGCCCAGCUCCAUGGAGACCCACUUCAACAGCCAAACAGGGUCCGGUUUCACACUGGCAUGGGCAACCAAGGACCAGGGCGAGCUGCAGCACUUCCUGAUGCAGAACAUGUCCCUCCCCAACAGCAUGGCCGAACUGCUCCUGGGCUCCAGCAUUGACCUGCAGGAGGUGUACCGCCUGUUUUUUGGUUCCUUUCCUUUGGUACCUGAUGAGACCCAUGAGCGAGACCUGCGGGAUGGAUUUGGCGCCAGCGAGAAGAUGACAUGGCUGGAGAAGAGCCUCCCCAGUGACUGGAGGAACCUGCGGGAAGGGCUGGUUCACAGGGCACUGCGGGACCCCGUGGCAGCCUCACGCCGGCCGGCACUGCUCCGCAUGCUCUCCCAGGCCCUGGGCCUCGCCAGCGCCGCCAUGGCACCCACUGCCUCUGACAGCCCCCAGGCCUUCAUCACUGAGAUGGAGGGUGUCCUCUUCACUGGGCCAGUGCUGGAGCAGCUGACAUGUGAGCAGAGCCGGGGGGGGCUGCGCCGCCUCUUGCGCGUGGCCCCUGGGCAGCAGCCACUGCUGGCGGCGUACCGGGCACUGGCCUGCAAUGGCAGCCGGGCCACCCGCCGGGAACGCUUUGCCCAGCUGGCCACCGAGCUUCGGGAGCAGCUGGACACCCCCAAGAUCGUCAGCAAGCUGAAGCUGGAUGAGGUAAACAACACAGCUGCCCAGCACCGCCUCCGUGCCCUCCUCGAGGACCUGGUGGAGAUGGAGAAGGUUCUCCGGGACAUGGACAUCCUCUCAGCGCUGGCCAAGCUGCUGCCCAGGGGAGCCUGUUCCAGCAGGGCCCCGCCACCCACUGCCAACAGCACCAGCUGGGCCGGCACCAAUGCCACGGCUGGCAAUGCCACAGCAGAGGAGGAGGAGGGUGCUGAGGGGGGCCCAACUGGCAGUGACAACCCCCAGGGGCAAUUCUCGGCAUUCGUGCAGCUCUGGGCCGGGCUGCAGCCCAUCCUCUGCGGCAACAACCGGACCAUAGAGCCUGAGGCGCUGAAGCAGGGCAACAUGAGCUCGCUGGGCUUCACCAGUAAGGAACAGCGGAACUUGGGCCUCCUCGUGCAUCUUAUGACCAGCAACCCCAAAAUCCUGUAUGCACCCAUGGGCACUGAAGUGGAUAAGGUCAUCCUGAAGGCCAAUGAGACUUUCGCCUUUGUGGGAAAUGUCACCCACUAUGCCAAGGCAUGGCUGAACAUCUCCCCUGAGAUCCGAGCCUACUUGGAAGAGGGCAGGCUGCAGAGGCGCAUCCGCUGGCUCCAGCAGUUCACUGCUGACCUCCACAAGCACCCAGAGAUCCUGAAUGUCUCUGACAGCGAUGUUCUCCACAACUUCCUCAACGGCAACUUCUCCCUACCCAAUGCCAGCAUCCUGCUCCAGCAGCUGGACACUAUUGACAAUGCUGCCUGUGGCUGGGUCCGCUUCAUGGCCAAGGUGAGGUCAGCAGUGGACAUCUUCAAAGGCUUCCCAGAUGAGGAGAGCAUUGAAUACACACUGAACCAGGCCUACCAGGACAAUGUCACGGUCUUUGCCAGUGUCAUCUUCCAGACCAACAGGGAUGGCUCACUGCCCCCCCACAUCAUGUACAAGAUCCGGCAGAACUCCAGCUUCACAGAGAAGACCAAUGAGAUCCGACGGGCAUACUGGCGGCCUGGCCCCAACACUGGCGGCCGCUUCUACUUCCUCUAUGGCUUCGUCUGGAUCCAAGACAUGAUGGAGCGCGCCCUCAUCAACACAUUUGUUGGCCACGACGUGGUGGAGCCUGGCAACUAUGUACAGAUGUUCCCAUACCCGUGUUAUACUCGGGACGACUUCCUCUUUGCUGAGCACAUGAUGCCCCUGUGCAUGGAUUCCUGGGUCUACUCGGUGGCCAUGAUGAUCCAGCACAUUGUGACUGAAGAGCAUCGCCUGAAAGAGGUGAUGAAGAUGAUGGGCUUGAACACGCAGUGCUGGGUGGCUUGGUUCAUAACCGGCUUUGUCCAACUCUCCAUCUCAGUCACGGCACUCACUGCCAUUCUCAAGUACGGCAAGGUCCUGAUGCACAGCGAUGUCCUCAUCAUAUGCUUUUCCUUCGCCAUCUAUGCUGUUGGCCACAAUCCAUGUUCUGCUUCCUGGUGUCAGUUGCUCUACUCCAAGGCCAAGCUGGCCUCUGCAUGCGGUGGCAUCAUCUACUUCCUCAGCUAUGUGCCCUACAUGUACGUGGCCAUCCGGGAGGAGGUGGCGCAUGAUAAGAUAACGGCCUUCGAGAAGUGCAUCGCGUCCCUCAUGUCCACCACAGCCUUCGGGCUGGGCUCCAAGUACUUUGCGCUGUAUGAGGUGGCCGGUGUGGGUAUCCAGUGGCACACCUUCAGCCAGUCACCUGUGGAAGGAGAUGACUUCAACCUCUUGCUGUCCAUGAUGAUGCUGGUUGUGGAUGCCGUGGUGUAUGGGGUGCUCACAUGGUACAUCGAGGCCGUGCACCCGGGAUGUUUCGGGCCUGCCCCGCGGCCCUGGUACUUCCCUUUCCAGAAGUCUUACUGGCUGGGCAACGGGCGCGUGGAGACCUGGGAGUGGACCUGGCCCUGGUCACACAACCACCGCCUCAGCAUCAUGGAGGAGGAUCAGGUGGCCAUGGAGAGCCGGAGGCUGGAGGAGACACGGGGCAUCGAGGAGGAGCCAACCCACCUCCCCUUGGUUGUCUGCAUCGACAAGCUCACCAAGGUCUACAAGACAGACAAGAAACUGGCACUGAACAAGCUGAGCCUCAACCUCUAUGAGAACCAGGUUGUGUCCUUUCUGGGGCACAAUGGUGCGGGCAAGACCACUACCAUGUCCAUCCUCACUGGCUUGUUCCCUCCAACCUCCGGCUCCGCAACCAUCUACGGCCAUGAUAUCCGUACAGAGAUGGACAAAAUCCGGAAGAACCUGGGCAUGUGUCCCCAGCACAAUGUGCUCUUUGACAGGCUGACAGUGGAGGAACACCUCUGGUUCUACUCACAGCUCAAGAGCAUGGCAGAGGAGGAGAUCCGCAAGGAGAUGGACAAGAUGAUUGAGGACCUGGAACUCUCCAACAAACGGCACUGCCAGGUGCAGACCCUCUCGGGUGGCAUGAAGAGGAAGCUGUCAGUGGCCAUUGCCUUUGUGGGUGGAUCGCGGGCCGUUAUCUUGGAUGAGCCCACAGCUGGCGUGGACCCGUAUGCCCGCAGGGCCAUCUGGGUCAUCCUCAAGUACAAGCCAGGGAGGACCAUCCUGCUCUCCACACACCACAUGGACGAGGCCGACCUGCUAGGGGACCGCAUCGCCAUCAUCUCCCAUGGCAAACUCAAGUGCUGUGGUUCCCCACUGUUCCUCAAGAGCACCUACGGUGAUGGCUACAAGCUGACGGUGGUGAAGAAGCAGUCAGAAACCAGGAACAGCACAGAGCCAGGCCAACCACACAGCCCCCUGGCCCACUCCUCUGUCAGCCCCUGCUCUGAGCCCCGCGUCUCCCAGUUCAUCAAGAAGUACGUGGCUUCCUGCCUCCUGAUCUCGGACACCAACACAGAGCUCUCCUACAUCCUGCCCAGUGAGGCUGCCAAGAAGGGCUGUUUUGAGAGGCUCUUUCAGCACUUGGAGCAGAGCCUGGAGGAGCUGGACCUCACUAGUUUCGGGCUGAUGGACACCACCCUGGAGGAGGUCUUCCUAAAGGUGUCUGAGGAGGACCAGUCUCUGGAGAACAGCGAUGUGGAUAUCAAGGAGUCCAAGAAGGAUGCCCUGCAGCCACCCGCCCCUGAGCUGGACCCAAAGCCCGAGGCCAACGGGGAACCCCUGGCCGAAGCAGCGAUGCCAGAGAAGCCCGAGGUGGAGCUCAGCAACCUGGUGACCUGCUCUAAGCUGGCACAGUCACAGGCGUCCCUGCGCUCAGCCUCCUCAGUGGGCUCCGUGCGGGGUGACGAAGGUGGGGCUUAUUCCGAAUUCUUUGGGGAUUAUGCGCCCCUGUUCGAUAACCGGCAGGACCCCGAUAACAUCAGUCUGCAAGAGCACGAUGCAGAGGUGGAGGCAGGGCAGGGGAGCUUCAAACUGGAAGGCUCGUGGCUGAAGCUGCGCCAGUUCCACGGGCUGAUUGUCAAACGCUUCCACUGUGCCAAGCGCAACACCAAGGCCCUCUUCUCACAGAUCCUCCUGCCCGCCUUCUUUGUCUGUGUGGCCAUGACUGUGGCCCUCUCCGUGCCCGAAAUAGGUGACCUGCCACCCCUCAUCCUCUCACCAUCACAAUACCACAACUACACCCAGCCCAAGGGCAACUUCAUUCCUUAUGCCAAUGAGGAGCGGCAUGAGUACCGCAUCAGACUGUCUCCCGACGCCAGCCCUCAGCAGCUCGUGAACACUUUCCAUCUGCCCUCUGGUGUUGGGGCCACCUGUGGUGCUCAAGACCCCUUCAACAACACACUGGACCAGCCAUGCAGACCCUCAACCUUCAGCAACGAGUCCAAGAUGCUGGCAGCCAAGUACUUCGAUGCCAUGUGCAUCGACUCCUUCACACCAGGGCCUGCCGCUCUCCACUUUGUGCCACCACCUCCAUCCCCGGCUCCCUCUGACUACCCCGUCUCAGUGGAUGAGGACCUGCUCCGUGCCUGGAACUCUACGACCUCUGCUGUCAAAGGGACCGUGACCUUGGCCCCCGCUCUGCCUCGUAUCAUCCACGAGCCCAUCAAGUGCACAUGCUCCAUGCAGGGGACUGGCUUCUCCUGCCCCAGUGGUGUGGGGGGCCACCCCCCGCAGAUGAAGGUAGUGACGGGGGACAUCCUGGCAGACAUCACAGGGCGCAAUGUCUCUGAGUAUCUGCUCUACACCUCGGACCGCUUUCGGCUGCACAGGUAUGGGGCACUCACCUUCGGCAAUGUCCAGAAAUCCAUCCCAGCCUCCUUUGGUGCCAGGGCUCCUGCCAUGGUGCGCAAGAUCGCUGUGCGGAGACGGCCCAGGUGGUUCUUCUACAACAACAAAGGCUACCACAGUAUGCCCACCUACCUCACGCUCUCAACAAUGCCCAUCCUGAGAGCCAACCUGCCCAAGAGCAAGGGCAACCCUGCUGCCUACGGCAUCACGGUCACCAAUCACCCCAUGAACAAAACGAGUGCCAGCUUAUCACUGGAUUACCUCCUGCAAGGCACAGAUGUGGUGAUCGCCAUCUUCAUUAUUGUGGCCAUGUCCUUCGUCCCAGCCAGCUUUGUGGUGUUCCUGGUGGCCGAAAAGGCCACCAAGGCCAAACACUUGCAGUUUGUGAGCGGCUGCGACCCUGUCAUCUACUGGUUGGCCAACUACGUGUGGGACAUGCUGAACUACCUGGUGCCGGCCACAUGCUGCAUCAUCAUCCUGUUCGUGUUUGACCUCCCGGCGUACACCUCUCCCACCAACUUCCCUGCCGUCCUCUCCCUCUUCCUGCUCUAUGGCUGGUCCAUCACCCCCAUCAUGUACCCGGCCUCCUUCUGGUUUGAGGUGCCCAGCUCUGCCUAUGUCUUCCUCAUUGUCAUCAAUCUCUUCAUUGGCAUCACAGCCACUGUUGCCACGUUCCUGCUGCAGCUCUUUGAGCACGACAAGGACCUGAAGGUGGUGAACAGCUACCUGAAGAGCUGCUUCCUCGUGUUUCCUAACUACAACCUGGGCCAUGGCCUGAUGGAAAUGGCCUACAAUGAGUACAUCAAUGAGUACUACGCCAAGAUCGGGCAGUUCGAUAAAAUGAAAUCACCCUUUGAAUGGGACAUAGUGACACGGGGGCUUGUCGCCAUGACAAUCGAAGGCUUCGUUGGCUUCUUCAUCACCAUCAUGUGCCAGUACAACUUCUUCCGGAAGCCCCAGCGCCUGCCUGUCUCCACCAAACCCAUCGAGGAUGACAUUGACGUAGCCAAUGAGCGGCACCGGGUCCUGCGUGGCGACGCCGACAAUGACAUGCUAAAGAUCGAGAACCUCACCAAGGUGUACAAGUCCCGCAAGAUCGGGCGCAUCCUGGCCGUGGACCGGCUGUGCGUGGGCGUGCGCCCUGGGGAGUGCUUCGGGCUGCUGGGCGUCAACGGCGCAGGCAAGACCACCACCUUCAAGAUGCUGACGGGAGAUGAGAGCACCACGGGCGGAGAGGCCUUCAUUAAUGGGCACAGCAUCCUGAAAGAGCUCCUGCAGGUCCAGCAGAGCUUAGGCUACUGCCCCCAGUUCGAUGCACUCUUCGACGAGCUGACUGCCCAGGAGCACCUGGAGCUCUACACCCGCCUGCGCGGCAUCCCCUGGAAGGAUGAGGAGCGGGUGGUCAAGUGGGCACUGAAGAAGCUGGAGUUGACCAAGUACGCGGACAAGCCUGCCAGCACCUACAGCGGGGGCAACAAGAGGAAGCUGUCCACAGCCAUCGCGCUCAUCGGAUACCCGGCUUUCAUCUUCCUGGAUGAGCCAACCACAGGGAUGGACCCCAAGGCACGACGCUUCCUCUGGAACCUCAUCCUGGAUGUCAUCAAAACGGGGCGUUCCGUGGUGCUCACAUCUCACAGCAUGGAGGAGUGUGAGGCGCUCUGCACCCGCCUGGCCAUCAUGGUGAACGGGCGGCUCAAGUGUCUCGGCAGCAUCCAGCACCUGAAGAACAGGUUUGGUGAUGGCUACAUGAUCACGGUGCGCACCAAGUCCAGCCUCAAUGUCAAGGAGGUGGUGAGGUUCUUCAAUCGCAACUUCCCCGAGGCCGUCCUCAAGGAGCGGCACCACACCAAGGCCCAGUACCAGCUGAAGUCGGACCAGAUCUCACUGGCACAGGUCUUCAGCAAGAUGGAGCAGGUGGUGGACGUGCUGGGCAUCGAAGACUACUCUGUUAGCCAGACCACACUGGACAACGUGUUUGUGAAUUUUGCCAAGAAGCAAAGUGACAACCUGGAGCAGCAGGAGACCAGCCCCACCUGUGUCCUGCAGUCACCCCUGGAGCGCUUGCUGAGCCUGCUACGCCCCCACACUGCCCCCACUGAGCUGCGGGCCCUCGUGGUGGAGGAGCAGGAGGAUCUGGAGACUGAUGAUGAAGGCCUCAUCAGCUUUGAGGAGGAGAGGGCUCAGCUUUCCUUCAACACCGACACACUGUGCUGAGACCCUGGGGGCAGCCACAUUCCCGUCUGUGAAGUCACCGAACCCUUUUGGCCUCUUUCCUCCCUUUUCCCUGUGGAGCGGAGCUGCCGCGGCUGGAGGCACAUGCCAGGGAGGACACAGCAAUGCUUGGAUGGACCUCUUGAGCCACCAUGGGUGGCCUUUUUCUCCUUCAGUUCCGGAGCAAUAUCACUGUGUGGUGACAGGGGCCAUGGUCCUCGGCCUGUCCAGCAGGCACGUGCCAUGGAUGGAGACUGCAAAGGAAAGGACACAGUUUGGCGCUAGCGCUGCCGGCCCCACAUGCCUUGGGGCAGAGACACCCAGGCCUGUGAGUGGUGCCUUUGACUGGACACUUGUGUUGCACUCAGCCCAGGGACCCUUGGCUGUGGGACCCUGCCAGGCCUGGCCCCAUGGAGCUGGAGGAGGGAUGACUGCUUCUAUAUUGCCCCUGGCCGGCACUGCCCUGGGCACCACAGGGACAGGUCUGGUGCUUCACCCACAACCGAUUUCUGUCCUCAGUGGGAUGUCACUGGGGGUUUUGGCCCUGCUGAUAUGUCCUGCCCACCCUGGGGUCUGUCCACCCCAGCCCUGCCUGGCCUUGGGCACUGACUCCAUCCCCAGGCAGCAGCACUCCUGCAGAGGCACGCAGGGGGGCAGAGGGGUAUGUCACAGGGUAUUUCACAUGCUGGCACCAGCUGUUUUCCCCUCUGCCCCUAACCACGUCCCUCCCCCUGCCUCCUGCCUGCCCUCACCAUCCGCUUCGCCCAUCACAGGGCAUUGCUGCAGCUCUGCCAUCUUUUUGCUGUGUCCCUUUCAGUGUCCCCUUGCCCUGGCACUCAUUCUUCCGUGUCCAGCCCUGUACAGGAGCCACCUGCACUGGUUUCUUAUUGUUGGGUCACUGGCGGUACUGGAAGAGGGGUUGCUGCACCCCAGGAUAUCUUUGGAAGGUGGUAGUGGGUUGGCCUUAAGGUACGAGGUAGGGACAGUCGAAGUGGGCAUGGGCACAGCUUGGCAGGGGUGCCCGGGGUGCUGGGGAGGGGAGGAUGGACCGUGGCAGUGGGGCUGGCAGUGUCACUGGGCCAGCAGUGGACACCCCCUCGGCGAGCAAUGCCCCUCCUUUUUGCAGAGGGUCCUUCUGCCUUGUCACCCACAGGGACCAUGUGGGUGCCUGCUGCUCUCAGCAACCUGCAGUUGUGCCCAGAGGCAGAGUGACAGCAGGGCCUGUGAUGCUGACUCUGAUCCCCAGCCAGGCUUUGGCAGCACCCCAGGGUGGCCAUGCACCUUUCUGGGGAGCACGUGAGGCCCGGCUGCCCUGAGAGCUCUGCUGUCCAGCUGGCUGCCACAGGAGGUGUGGGGCACACGGCGUGGGGAGGCCUCUUUGAGCCACCUCUGGCCCCACUUGGGCACAGGAGCAGGGCCUGACCUCCACUGUCCUCGUGCCCCCCUGGUCUCACCAGCCUUGUAUGCCACCUGCUAUAGAUUGUGAUACAAUAUACAGUAUUUUCAAUAAGGGGAAAACUGGGGGGAGAAGCUCUAUUUUCAGAUUUUUCAGACCAUAUUUUUUUUAAUGGCAUAUGGGAAACUGGCUGUUUCUGGGGUGGAGUGGAUGGCACAUGGGGGCAGCCCCCACGGGCGUGCCCUUGCUCCCUUGCUGGGCACAUUCUGCCUUCCUGGGUGAGUGUGGGGGGACGAGCCAGCUCGAGGCUUGCCCUUUGCCAUCAGGGAGAGGGCAUGGUGUCAUCUUUGAGUCCCCAGCUGUCGCUUCAGUGGUGGCACCCUGGGGACCCUGGGGCACACUGGGCAGCAGUGCUGCAGUGCUCUGGGCUUUGUCCUCACCCCACAGCUGCCACACUGCCCUGUUGCUCAGGACUCUGGAAGGGCACUGGCACUCCACUCACAGUGUCUCCCCUUUUCUCAGCCCUCCCCUCCACCACCAUGCCAUUGUCCCUAUGGCUUUGAUGGUCAGUGGACAUGCUCUGGUGCCCAUACAGCCUGGAUGGCCACGGUGGUCUCCCUGCCCUGGGCUCAGGGCUGCCUGGGCACAGACCCUGCUGGGGCCACCCCAAGGGUGGCAGCAGGGAGGGAGCAGGAGCGUAGUGCCCCAGGGCAUGUCCCCAGGGCAGGGGUGGCUGCUGCCUUAACACUGUUCACUUGGUUGAGUUUGGCCCUACUUCCAGCCUUGCCUCCCCCUGCACGUCCUUGGCCACCAGCCACGGGUGCAGCGCCAGUGCCAUGCUCAGCCCCAGGCAUGGGGCCUCUGAGGGGUGGGGAAGUCUUGGAGCUGCCUGUACAUUGCUAGCAAACAAACAAAAAAAAAAGAUGAAAUGUGAAAAUACUGAUCAUUUUAAAUAAAAAAUAAUAACU